CCAGGCCUGGCCUGGGCGGGGCGGCCCAUCCCGCCGGGCGCGCCGCCGGCCUUGGAGUGACAGGGUAGGCUGCGGCUGGACGCUGCGCGCCGGCGGCUGCCUCGCCUGCUCGGAGCCUCGCCGCCUCGCCGCCCGCCAGGCACGAGAAGAGAUUUGCGACGUUCCGGACGUGCGGAACGGUUAUCGUCUUUAAGCGCGAACGUCGGGAAGGGCACCGGCGGCAUGGCGGACAUGGAGCAGAACCUCAGCCUGGCCGACGCGCUGACCGAGCCCCCGCCGCAAAUUGAGGAGGAGGUGAAGCGGGAUUUCAUGGCCAGCCUGGAGGCCGAGAAGUUUGACGACGUGAUCGGGGAGAAGGUGGGCAAGACGGAUUAUGUCCCGCUCCUGGACGACGAGGACGGCGACGGCGGCGGUCCGAAGGCCGAAAACCAGGAGACGAAAGCCACACCGCGGGCCGAGAACCUUCCUCGGGAGCGUCCUUCUGCAAUUGGACCGGCAGCCGUGAUGGAGAAUGGCGACCACGGACUCGAGAGCAACAGACCAGAACCUUCCGGAAAAAUCUCGGAGGAAGACAUGUCGUACAAAGAAUUCCUCGAUCACGACUCGUGGACGAUGGAUGACGGCCGCCGUUGCUUUGAGUCGCCGCUCGGAUUUGAGCCGUUGGACGUGGCAGGUCCCUACGGGACAGCCGAGUUGUCCGAACACCCGUCUCUGGGAUUCACACAUCCGACGGCCGCGGCUUUCGAACCCCUGUCUUUUCUCGGCACCGGGCCAAUUCCCAGCCGAGCAGCCCCUUUCCGACCGACGGCUCCUCCCCCCGAAGACUUCUGGUUGGCCGCUCCACACCUGGCCGAGGGACAAGGCCCCGCCCCUUUCUUCCAAUCCCCAGAGGCUCACAAGGUCCCCUUUGAGGUGGAGAAGCACCACCCUGGUGGAGAUGAGAUGGUCUUCUCCGGGGAGCUGAGUCCUCCAGAAGCCGAGCAGGCGAUCUCUACAGUUCCUCCUGCCUUUGGGGCUGCUCUCCCUACCAUGGAGGAGCUGAUGGGCUUUCAACCCUCUCUGGACUACGGUCUGCUUCCUCCUCAAGGAACUCAAGCAGGCUUCUCGGAGACUCCGGUCUCCAAAGAACUAAGAUUCGAGGACGAAGACAUCAUUGUCCUCCCUGCAGAGACCUGCCCCACCCUGGAGAAACCAGAAGAAGGGAAGAAGGUCCUUCAGAGUCCCAAGGGAGAAGACAGACGACAUCCAGAAGACCCAACACUAAUCAGGGUUCCCGCCCCAAAAUUCGAGAAGGCCCAACCGUGUCUUCCCUUCCACGCUGGAGAAGAAGACUUGAGUCCGUUUCCCAGCUUCGAAACCGAAGAUCUGGUGGGUUCUCCUACCCAACGGGGAGAGAAGAAGGAUGAGAGCAAGGUGACCCUCGCCCCGCAGAUGCAGGAGGUGACAAGUCAACGUUCUCCUGUCCAGAAAGCUGAUGGACCUCCAGUUUCUCCUGCUCAGAAAGCUGAUGGACCUCCGCAUUCUCCUGUCUGGAAAGCUGAUGGACCUCCACUUUCUCCUGGAUUGAAAGCUGAUGGACCUCCACUUUCUCCUGGAUUGAAAGCUGAUGGACCUCCAGUUUCUCCUGCUCAGAAAGCUGAUGGACCUCCACUUUCUCCUGGUCAGAAAGCUGGUGGACCUCCCGUUUCUCCUGGAUUGAAAGCUGAUGGACCUCCACUUUCUCCUGUUCAGAAAGCUGAUGGACCUCCACAUUCUCCUGUCUGGAAAGCUGAUGGACCUCCACUUUCUCCUGGUCAGAAAGCUGGUGGACCUCCACUUUCUCUUGGACUGAAAGCUGAUGGACUUCCCAUUUCUCCUGGAUUGAAAGCUGAUGGACCUCUACUUUCUCCUAGUCAGAAAGUUGAUGGAUCUCCAGUUUCUCCUGGACUGAAAGCUGAUGGACCUCCACAUUCUCCUGUUUGGAAAGCUGAUGGACCUCCACUUUCUCCUUCUCAGAAAGCUGGUGGACCUCCACUUUCUCCUGGAUUGAAAGCUGAUGAACCUCCAGUUUCUCCUGCUCAGAAAGCUGAUGGACCUCCACAUUCUCCUGUCUGGAAAGCUGAUGGACCUCCACUUUCUCCUUCUCAGAAAGCUGAUGGACCUCCAAUUUCUCCUAGUCAUAAAGCUGAUGGACCUCCCAUUUCUCCUGGAUUGAAAGCUGAUGGACCUCCAAUUUCUCCUGUCCAGAAAGCUGGUGGACCUCCACUUUCUCCUGUCCAGAAAGCUGGUGGACCUCCACUUUCUCCUCUCUGGAAAGCUGACACCCCUCCACUUUCUCCCAUUCGGAAAAGUGAUCCACUUCCAUCUUCUCCCACCCAGCCUGCCGAGAAAGCGGAAGAAACCAGUCCAUUCCUAGCCACGCCAGAAAUCAAGUCCUCUUCUUGGCCCGCCCAACUCCCGUUGGACCUUCCUGGGCAGGAGAAGCUAUAUGAGAAGAAGGAGAACCAGCAGCAGCCUCCCGGCUCACCUGAAAAGCUGAAGGAACCAACGGCAGCUGAAGCUGGAGGACAUCUCCCAGAUCCUACAGCAGUGUCGAUGGGAUCUCUGCCGGGGGAGAAGCCCCAGGUGGGACCUCCCGGAUCCGUGGUUGAAGAGCCCCCGUUGGUCAAGGAAUCCGCCGUCCAUCCCGUGGAGCCAUGGACAGGACCGGAAGGUGGAAUUCCGUCUCCCCAAAUAAGACACGCGCCCAAAACGGGUGACCACCACCAACACCGCCGGUUUGGCCACUCCAAACCUGUCCUGGUGCCUCUGGCCGAUGCUCCAGAAGAACAUCUGACAGGGUCUCCAACCCCCAAGAGCCACGGCCCACGUGGGGACUCCUUCUUCGCGGCCGAUUUGGGCUCCUUCGGGGGACCUUCUCCCCGUGCCAAGAGAUGGUCCAAGAAAGGAACAGGCCCGGCUUUGGAAGUGGUGGAAGCUUCCAGGGAUCUACCUCAAGAAGGUUGGGAUCCAGAAGCGUCCGCCGCAUUGAAGAAGAAGAAGAAGAAGGCCAAGCAGAAGAAAGGGCAGCCACCACGCGGCGUGGACACGUGGGACGACAAGCUUAGAAGCUCUCCGGCUGCUGGUGAAGCUCCAUGCCUCCUCCAGGAAGGUCCUAAAGAGGUCUUCUUCUCCACCCAACUUCCCGGACACGAUCCUUCGAAGCUCGGUCAAGGAGGACGUCAAGCGGAUGGCCAUCAGCGUCCAUCCCUUCUUCCGACGGAGGUGGAAGACCCUUCCAGAUUUCCGUUGGAUCCCAGACCAGGAGAAAGGAGCCAAGUCAAACCACUGGUGGACGACGGCUCGGCGUGGCAGCCCAAAGGAAGCCCAAAGGGAGAACUUCCUGAGGAGCAGAAGAAGCAGCUGAGAAGUUCUUCUUCUCCUUCUGGGGCCGAAGAAGUAGGUUCCUUGGAGAAAAACGUAGAGUUGGCGUCUGGGACCCCUCCGAAGACCUCAAACGUUGACGGGUCCACUUGGGAGGCCGACGCUGCGGUGGGGCAGAAGAUUGAGGUCCAGACUGUAGACCCUCUGGUGGCACCUGACCAGGUUCCUGCAGAGUUUCAAGGUCUUGAAAGGAAAGAAGAGCCAGGAGAAAAACCCAAGAAACUGGAGGAGGUCUUCAAGAAGGGCGUGGUCAAGAGAGAUCUCCAUCUUCCUGCCGACUCAAACUUGACCGAAGGAACUUCUCUUCAUCAAGGUGGAGAAGAUACCUCUGGUGUCUCGCGGACCCCCGAAGAACGUCCACGGAGCCAGCCACCUGGUUCUCAUUCUGCACAAACUCCAUUCAUGGUGGAAUCCACCUCAGAUCCUGCCCAACCCUUGUUCGUUGGUGGUGGCCCUGUGUUCUUCACCGACCCGACGGAGGAGCUCCUUGGUGUCCACCUUCCAGAACUUCCAACCGCUCUCAAGUUGGGGCGCGACCAGCCCAAAAAGAGAGGCAGCGAUGGGAAAAGCAAGAAGGCAAAGCAUCUCCCAGAAGUGGAGGAGAAGAUUGGUUGGAGCAAAGCUUCAGCCGUGGUAGACGUGGAGGGCCUGGGCGAAAUCGGUUGGACGACCAGGAACCCAGAAGAGACUUUAUCCACCUCUCCAGGCGUGAGAGAGAAGACCAAGAAGAGAUCGAGCGUGGGGAAGAGCAGAAAGUCCGAGGAGAGAAGCUCCUUCGGGCAACCGUUCUUCUCCACCGUGGAGGACCACCUAGCUUCUCGGCAGAUGUUUGACCCAACCCAACAGAGGGGAGAGGAAGAAGAGGCUGACAUCACAGCUGCAGAUGGUCUGAAGCAACUAAGUCCUCCCCUUGUCCCCUUGAGUGAAAACAUCAAAGGUUCUCCAGAUGGACUCCUUCAAAGAGUUGAACAACUUCCAUCGGCCUAUCCCUUCAUCUCGGAAGCCCUUGAGAAGCAGAAGGAAGACCAGCUUCUCCUUGAGUCGAAGGUCCACGGGCCGGAUCAGAACAAGGGCCCACCUUUAGCCAGCCCACCUAGUGGAGGAGAGGACCUCAGCUUGGCGUGGGCCACCAGCAAACCCAAGAAGAGGAGCAGCGACGGGAGAAGCAAAGCAUCUCGCCGAGGUCUCUCGACGGGACAACCUCUGUUGUGGCCGGAGAAGACGUCGGAUGAGAGAGACGGGAUGGUGUCUUCCAAGAAAGGCGAUUUCGUUCAAGAAGGUCCUCCCGAGAAGAAUCACGGGCUAGAACUUCCAGGCACCACCCAAGUGGACGUUCUGCUGGAAAUAACGGGCGGAAAGGAGGAGAAGAACGUUGGCUUGGAGGCGUUGUCCGCCUCGGAAGAGAAAGCCAGCACUGUGAAGACCGCAGCUCUCCAUGAGACCAAAGAAACACUUUCUAAUGGGCACGAAGCUAACCAAGCUCGAGGUGGAGAAGGUCCAUCCAAGCCACAGGUUGUCCUCCCUCAAGUUCUGGAGGAAGUGAAGAAACCAGAGACUGACCUUCAAGGUCUCCAAGUUCCUAAGGUCUUGGAUAUGAAGGCAGAACCAUCUACUGAAGACCACCGAGGAGUCAAGAUGGAGGAGGUCCCCACCUCCGCUGGUCCCAAGGAGGAGACUUCAGAACCUCUCCUCAAGCAUCCAGGCCAGCUUCCCGCUGAGCUCUUGGUUGAUGACAUUUUUGGAGGACAGAAGAAAGGAACGAGUGGACCAGACGGGCCUACUUUGGAACAAGACACGUCGGAGACCGGGAGAGUUCUAGAAGCUGAGAGAAAGGUGAAGACCAAAGCGUCAAGAUCUUCUCGAGAGAAGAAAGAUGGCGGCUCCGAUCUUUCAGAUCCGCAACCCUCCCAGAAGUCCACGGAGAAGAAAAGUAAGAAGAUCCCGAUUGUCCCUCAAGAGCCAACAAAGGAAGACGUCCACCGUGAAGACCCUCGUAGGGGAGGUGGGUUGGACUUCCCCGUAGGAGAAGCGAAGGUCGUCGACGAGAACAGGAACAUCCAAAGCUUGCCUUCCGGACGUCAGCUGCGUUGGGAAGAGGACCUCACCGACGUCUUUGACCCAGCUGGAGCUCUUGAGGACGCCCCCGCCAAACCGCGAGGCCCCACCUGCCCCUUUUUACAACGCUCCGGCAAGUCGGCCGACGAGGAACAAUUUGGUCUCCCCAGAUUCCUACCAGACGCCAAGCCGGGGGACCAGAAGAUCCUGGAGGAGCUCCAGGAGAACUUGGCCAAGCUUGCAGGCCAAGAGGCAGAAGCUUCCCUGGUCAUGAAAGCUGGGGAUGACACCAGGGAGAAGAGGAAGAAGAAGAGGACCAUCGAAGACCGUCACUUGAAAGCCGAAACGCAUCACGGAUCCGGCUCUGCAGAAAGCACAGAGCUUAAAGACCCGAGAGAAGGUCUUGGUCCACCAGGAAUGGUGGUGGAGAAGCCAAAGAUGGCUCCCGGGCUCGUGGCGGAAGGAAAGGGUUCUGUCGGAGAAGGCAACGAGCUCCCUACGGAAACACAAGCCCUCGUGGGCUCCGAGAAGGAAGCGUCAACUCUUCCAACCGCAGCGGCCGUCCUCGACGGUGGAAGUUCUCAACCAGGAACGGUUGCAGAAGGUCGAAGAGAAGCUGAGCCGAGGCCUGCUGACAGUUCAGGAAAUAAGCUGAGGACCGAUAACGUCCCGGUGGAGGAAGUGGCCAACCUCUCUUCUGAUCGCGACAAGGAUGCGGCCGAGACCGUCCCUCUCUUUCAAUCAACCGACGAGGAGACCGGUCAGCUCAGAGAAACCACCGGCCUUCAAGACGCGGCGAGCUUGGGAUCGGAAGCCGGAGAACCGUCGGCCUCAGCUCCGCUGGCGCCCGAUCGUGGUAACGGAGGGCCACCAGGAGAGAUCAAGAAAGCAAGCCGGACCAGAUCUUCUCCAUCCAUGAAGGGCUACAUGAGACCCACCAAGUCAAGGGGGCUUCCUUCGCCGAGGGAUGCUGGGCAAGACCGAGGCCGGAGAAGACCCGGGAAGGCCGAGGUUCCGGGUCUCCCCGGCCGGCGAGACCAAGCAGAAGAGGUGAAGGCAUCUGCUGAGGUUCCAUCAGCAGAAGAGCCAGCUGCCCUUCCCGGAAAGGACCUUCCACCCAGCCCGGACAAGAAGAACAAGCCGUCGGCCGCCACCGCCACGGGCGCCAAGCCCGCUCCAGCAAAAUCCAAGCCCGGGACGGCCGGAGUCCCCCCCAUGAAGCGUCCGGCUUCUGCCACGCUGGGCUCAAACAAAAAGACCACUGCGCCGGGCGGCGGUCCCACGGCGGCGGCGCCCGCUCCGAAACGCCCGUCGUCCGGCCUGGCUCGGCCGUCCAGUUUAACUCCUCGGGAGCUUAAACCCAAGGGGACCGAUGGGAAGAGCCCGGAUAAGAGGGUCUCCCCUUCCAAGACCCCCUCGGCCACCACCCCUCGGAACGGCGGGAAGACCACCCCGGGGGGCUCCAGGCCUACCGGGGUGGUGGCCACCGUGGGGACGUCGCCCGGGCCGAGGAGCACCACCGCCACCGCUUUGCCCCCCAAGAAGACCUCCGCCAUCAAGACCGAUGUCAAAGCCGCCGAUGCAAAGAAGGCCCCGGCAAAGUCACCAACAGCCGAUCUGAGCCGUCCCAGGAGCGCCCCGGCCUCCACCACCGCUUCUCCCGCCCCGUCGGGACCCCCGGCCGGCCGGCCGAAGCCGAAACCCGUCGCUGCCAAGCCUCCGGGGACGGCCAGCGUGCCGGCCGAACCCAAGAAGCCCUCCUUGGCGAGCAAGGCCCUUCCCAAAACCAGCCCGGGGGCUUCCAAGCCUCCGCGACCGACCACCAGCGUCUCCGUUCCGGAUCUGAAGAACGUCCGGUCCAAGAUCGGUUCCACGGAUAACAUCAAAUAUCAACCGGGUGGAGGAAAGGCCAAAGUAGAGAAAAAAGGCGAGUCCGCCCUGGCUGCCCGAAAACUCGAACUCGGUACCGUGUCCAAAGCCCCUACCAAUAAAUCCACGGUUUCCAAAGAGAGUCUGGCAAAGUCACCCAAUGGGAAAGUCCAGAUCCUCUCCAAAAAAGUCAACUACAGCCACGUCCAGUCCAAAUGUGGGUCCAAGGACAAUAUUAAGCAUAUCCCUGGAGGAGGGAAUGUCCAAAAUGUCCCCAAGCCAGCUUCAGGCAACAAAUCCCAGCCAAGGACCACCCCUAAGCCCAGCCCGGGCUGUACCAAUGUGCAGAUCCUGAACAAGAAGAUUGACCUGUCCAAAGUGGCUUCCAAGUGCGGGUCGAAGACCAACAUCAAACAUAAGCCAGGCGGAGGCGAUGUGAAGAUCGAGAACCAGAAGUUGAGCUUCAAGGAGAAGGCCCAAGCUAAGGUGGGCUCUCUGGACAAUGUCGGGCAUGUGCCAGCCGGAGGCACCGUGAAGAUUGAAUCGCACAAGCUGACCUUCCGUGAGAACGCCAAGGCUCGCACGGACCACGGGGCGGAUUUUGCACUCUGCGCCGGCAGCCCUCCCGCCUCCCCACCACUGAGCAUCUCCGUCAGCGAGAGUCUGGGCACCAUCACCACCGCCGCCGCUGCCGCCGUGUCCUCCUUGCCCCCGCGGCUGCCCUGGCGGGCUCCCCUUGUGGACGAGACCUCUGCCCCGCUCUCUCGGCCAGGCUUGUGACUCGCUUUCCCGCCCUGUUCCCCAUCCCAAACCCUCCACCUCCCUCAGACCCUCGGCUUGCCUCCCUUAAUCCUUUGCCACCCAUCUUCCUGGGCUCCGCUGAGGAUUCAGUCGCUCAGUUGAUCCUUUUGAACUCGGAUGGGACGAUCUUUGGGGCAAGGGGUCUUGCUUACGUCUGGCCUCCCGGACCGAAUUUCCAUCCUUGCUUCUUUGGAUGGCGGGCUCAAAGUGCAUAGUAUGAAUUUUGCUUUGGCCCCGCCAACAUUGGAUUCUUCUCAGCGGGCUGCGUGGGAAAGGGUUCAAAGGCCGAUGGGAGUUGAAGGAGGCAAGCUUUUUCCCCUUCUCUUUCCAGCUUCCUCCCACCCCACGGAUCUCCUCUGCACCCUGUUUAGUGCUGGCCUGUUAACUCUCACACAUAACGCCAUGCUGAUUAGCACAUCCCCGCAACAAUGCCAUAACCUUUUAAUUUUCUCGUUCUGCCCCUCGCAAUCCAGCUGAGCGGUGUGGCUGUGCCGAGUGUGAUCCCUGUGGCUUCCCCCACCGGCUCAUGCUUCUCUCCCCCCCCCCCCCCGCUCGCCCGCACCAACCUUCCCCUUGCCAUAGGAGAAUUUAAAAAAACAACAACGCACCAUUAUCUGCUGUUGCAGCGCUGUUGGCUUUGUUAUCCACAUAUCCUACCAUUUUAAACCGUGUUGUUUUGUUUUCUCUUUUUUUUCUCUCUUUUCUUUGGUGUGGUGGUUCUUUUGCGUGUGUGUUUCAAAAUAUUUGGAGAACGACGGAACCUGGGGACUCAAAGGCCCCCUGGGGGGACAGCGGAGACUAAAGUGGACAGGCGGGCGGGUGGAAAGACGGGCGCCGUACGAGAAAACAGGUGAUGUAGAUAGAGCUGGAUCGUUGCACCAACGUGCUUCCGACAAAAGCUUUGAGGUGGCCAUUGAAAGUCAGCCCUCCUGCACAAAUCCCGGGUGGGUUUCCCUCUGAGAGACCCCUGCCUCUGCAGGUGUUUUCCAAAGGAUCAAACACCAGGGAUCUGGGUAGUCGUGCCACAGGAUAUCCGUUCCAGAGAGUUUUGCGACCACAAAGGCACACCGAGAUAGGUUGGAAUGUUUGCAAGUAGGUUUGGGGAUCUGUAUAGUCGUGCUGCGGGGUAUCCGUUCUGGAGAGUUUUGCGACCACAAAGGCACACCGAGAUGGAUUGGAAUGUUUGCAAGGAACUCAGGCAGGGAAUGUCACAGGCAAGUGUUUGAAGGUCCGGAGAUGCUGGGCUGUGCAGGAUGGGAUCCCUCCCGCUUUGAGUCUCAUGGGUGAGAUCCCCGUCCGCGUUCCGUCUUCCACACUGCAAACGACACUAAACAGAAUUGUAAAUAAAACUUGAAAAACGAGAGUCUUGGAGAAUUUUGCUUUCGAACCGCGGGGAACAAGGGGGGGGGGGAGGAUUAUGUCGGGAAGCUUCGGAUGGGAACUGUGUAAAAAUAAUUAAAAAGUAACCCUAUUCUGUUUCCUACCACCCUGGGGUCAAGUAGCCCACAGUACGCACCUUCCCACGGAGAAUUCUCGCGCUCGUGAUUGUUUUAUAUAUAUAAAUAUUAUCUAUUAAAAGUUGCAUGGUUUCUAAUAAAAUAGCUUUUUAAACUGUUAA